CCCUAGUUCUUGAAGUUCAAAAGCGAAACACGCUGGAGGCUAGAGGACGGGAAGAGCAAAGGAAGAGCAAAACCAUGAAGAAAAACGGAGUGGACAACAGCUGGCACGUGGCAAUUAUAACCUUCCUAACAGCGCUUGUAACGACAGUGGCCCUGAAAAAUUCGGGAUUCAUUUACGUGGGCUUCAUGGAAGAGUUCGGCAUUGAGCGAGAAUUGGCCUCGUGGCCUUCGAGUGCCCUGGGCGCAGCCAUUCAUGCGGCAGGAAUUGUUGUUGGACUGGUACAGCGUUGGUUCUGUGUUUACAAAAUGGGCGUGGCCGGCAGCGUUUUGGUCUGGGCCGGCAUGAUUGCUUCAGCGUAUGCACCGAGCAUCAACUGGGCUACUGUAACGUUUUUCUUACAUGGUUUUGGUGUGGGUAUGAUCAACGUCACCCUCUGCAUAACGAUUCUGGACUAUUUCGGCAAGUACAGGGCCACGGCAAGCGGCAUCAUGUUCGCUGGAGAAACCGCCUGUGCGCUCGUGUUUCCAAGGGUGCUCCUGCUCAUACAAGAUGCCUACAACUUUCGCAGCGUAUUUUUUAUUUACGGAGCAAUAGCUUUGAACACUACCGCUUUCUGCUUUCUGCUCAAACGACCUCCCUGGAUCAACCGGAACGGAAUGAACAAAUCCAUCCAACUUUGCGAAGUUAAGAGGCACCCUACAUACCCCAUGCCUCUAAAGACGAGUGUAGAGGACACAUCAAAAGCCGCUCGGAACACGCAUAGGCUUACGGGCAUUUGGCACGUGUUCACGCUGUUUAGAAAACCUGGUUUCUACCUUGUGUGUGCCGUCGCUGUGACAGUUCAUUAUUCGCAAAUAAUGUACCUGACGAGCAUAGUGGACUUUGCGAUAGACAGGGGCGCAUCUCUCGAACAGGCCUCAACUAUCAUAAUGUACCUGAGCCCUGCUGACUUCUGCGGUCGUAUUAUUUUGCCACUUUUAGCCGACAAAGGCUGCCUGCCACGCAACGCGCUCGUUAUGUUGUGCUACGUCUUGUUGGGGAUUGCCAUGGCUUUAUUGCCAUGUGUGCCCUCUUUCGAAUACAUACUGCUUUUGUGUGCCUUUAUUGAAAUAGGCAUCGGCUGUCUACUCACCAUGAAGGUCGUACUGAUUGCUAACUACAUCGAGCAAGAUCUCUACGCUUCCUCCUACGGGUUCACUGGACUGGCGAUUCUUCCGGUAUUUCUUUGUAAUCCUUUAAUUCUCGGUUUCUUCCGCGAUUACUUGGGGGCUUACGACAACUUGUACAGAGCCGUGGGCGGAGUUCACUCUAUUAUGGCCAUAUUGUUCUUUAUUAUUAUCUGGAAAGAGAGACGCACAAGCUACAGUGUUAACUUAUAA